GCAAAAACAAAAAACAAAAACAAGUGUGAUUCAAUCAUUGUACCAGAAUGCAAUGGAGCGUAUUGCUUUCACGGUCACGACUGUUUCUUGACGUUGAAUCCGAUGUUUCUGUGUGCUUUCGGAUCAGUAAUCUUCAUUGACUUCGGAUUCGAGGAAGCCUUUAAGAAGUCUUUCUUCACAUCUCUUCUUCCUUCCAUCUCUACCAUGGCCAUGGCUAACAUCGGCAGCACCACUGUCCAACGCCCAACCGCCGCUCCGCCGCCGCUGGCGGCCUCCACACCAAUCAUCGGUUCGAAGCAUUAUUCGAGCCGAAGGAAUCGGAACAAUUCCAAGUCCACGUUCCCCUUCGACAUCCCUUCCUCUCCAGAAGCCGCUGCCGCUCGGAUCAUCAGAAAUUUGACCUUCUUCGGACCGUACUACUUGAUCUUCGCGUGGUCGAUCCUGGCGAUCCCUCUCUUGCCGCAUCGGAAGGUUUCUUUGAUGAUCCUGAUGGCCAUGACGGUCGUAACUUGCCUGUUCUUGCUACUGCUGCGAUCGCACCCCAUGGUCAUCGAAAAAAUUCUGGUUCUGGCGUUGAUCGCCAUUGUUACCAUGGUGGCGAUGAUAUUGACCAAGGCCGCCAUUCAUUUCUUCGCGAGUCUAGCAGGAUCAGUGCCUGUGAUUUUGAUUCAUGCAGUGUUGAGGACUAGAGACGAUCUGGUUGUGGACGACGAGGACAGCGCCGCCGCCGGCGAAUUGGUUCCUCUUGUAAACCAGACGGUCGGCGAGACGGAGCCUGCGGCGUUGGUGUGACUUACAUAUACGUUUUCAGACUUCAAUUCCCUGGCUUCUAAGUAUUAACGAAUAACCCGUUUCUUUCCAGCAAUUGAAUCGGGUCGUUUUUCAAACUUCGCUCCCUUCUCUGGGAACUACUUGUCUCAGUUUUUUACUUUUAUAUUUAAUUUAAUUAAAUAAAUGUGAUUGAGCUUA